AUGAAGAGAGGUACACCUCCUCCCGCUCCGCCCUCAUCUCAUAUCCCCCUUCUACACCCGCCCUCAUCUCACGUCCCCUCCAUCCCCACCCUCAUCUCACUUAACACUUCAUCCCCCCACCCCUCAUCUCACGUUCAUCCCUCUCUACACCCCUCAUCUCACGUCCCUCCAUCCCCACCCCCAUUUCACGCCCCUCCAUCCAUCCCCACCCCUCAUCUCUUAACCCUCCAUCCCCACCCUCCUCAUCUCACGUCCCCACCAUCCCCACCUUCAUCUCACGUCCCUCCAUCCAUCCCCCCCUCAUCUCACGUCCCUCCAUCCCCACUCCCUCAUCUCACGUCCCUCUCCAUCCCCACCCUCAUCUCACGUCCCCUCCAUCCCCACCCCCAUCUCACGUCCCUCCAUCCCCACCCUCAUCUCACGUCCCUCCAUCCCCACCCCCAUCUCAUCACGUCCCUCCAUCCCCACCCCUCAUCUCACGUCCUCCUCCAUCCCCACCCUCAUCUCACGUCCCCUCCAUCCCCACCCUCAUCUCACGUCCCUCCAUCCCCACCCCUCAUCUCACGUCCCCUCCAUCCCCACCCUCAUCUCACGUCCCUCCAUCCCCACCUCAUCUCAUCACGUCCCUCCAUCCCCACCCCUCAUCUCUCACGUCCCUCCAUCCCCACCCUCAUCUCACGUCCCUCCAUCCCCACCCUCUCUCACGUCACCUCCUCCAUCCCCACCCCUCAUCUCACGUCCCUCCAUCCCCACCCUCAUCUCACGUCCCCUCCAUCCCCAACCUCCUCAUCUCCACGUCCCUCUCCAUCCCCAUCCCCUCCAUCAUCUCACUUAUCCUUCAUCCCUCCAUCCAUCCCUCAUCUCACUUCCCUCCAUCCCCACGUCCCAUCUCACGUCCCCUCCAUCCCCACCCUCAUCUCACGUCCCCUUCAUCCCCACCCCUCAUCUCACGUCCCUCCAUCCCCAUUGCCCCUCCAUCCCCAUCUCACGUCACGUCCCUCCAUCCCCACCCUCAUCUCACGUCCCUCCAUCCCCACCCUCAUCUCACGUCCCUCCAUCCCCAUCCUCCUCAUCUCACGUCCCUCCAUCCCCACCCUCAUCCCCACGUCCCUCCAUCCAUUACCCUCAUCUCCACUUUACAUCCCUCUCAUCCCCACCCCCGGGGCCAGCAGUAGCUCCAUCCCCACUUCAUCGUGCACGUCACGCUCAAUCCCCAUUCUUAUCCUAGGAUCCCCUUCAUGGGCACUUCCCAUCCCCAAUUCUCAGGACCCCUCACGUCCUGUUGCUUGA